UGCUCCAGCUUGCUAAGCGAAGAGAGAGAACGCUUCAUAGCAUAAUGGUUACCAGGCUGUUGGAGAGACGUAUGCGACACGGGACUGUAUAGAAAUACAAAUUCACAAAAUAAUAUCAUGACAAACAGCCAUCCAAAAGACGUUUAAUGGAAUAUUAUGUUUGAUUAGCCAACUUCGGAAUAUACAUUUAUAAGUUAUGGAUAUCUAGGAACGAGUUUUUAUUAGGAAAUAAACCUGUUGCCUAUUCGAUAGCACCGUUCUUCCAUUUCAAGAUGUUCCAUUGUGGAAGGGAUGCUGAACGUCUUCGUUUGUUUGCACUUUUCUAGUUGGAGCUCCAACUACGCAUCAAGCUGAUUCGUGAAUUAGUAAAACUCCCAAGGUACCAUGCACGUGUCCCUGGCAGAAGCUCUGGAGGUGCGGGGGGGUCCCCUGCAGGAGGACGAAGUCUGGGCGGUGCUGACGCAGAGUGCCGAGAGCCUCCAGGAGCUCUUCCGCAGAGACCCUUCGGCCCUGUGCUUCAUCAUCUCGCCGUGGUCCCUGCUGCUGAUGCCGUCCGGGAACAUCUCCUUCACCGACGAGAACGUGACUCAGCAGGAUCUGAGAGCCUUCACCGCCCCGGAGGUCCUGGAGGGCCUGGCCUUGUCCUCCGUCUCUGACAUGGAGAAGAUGCAUAUGUAUUCUCUUGGGAUGACUUUGUUUUGGGGAGCGGACUAUGAAAUUCCUCAAAGUCAGCCGGUGAAGCUGGGGGAGCAUUUGCACAGCAUGCUGCUGAGCAUGUGUGAUGACGGGACGCACGCGCGCAUGUCCGUGCGCACCGUGCUGGAGGCCUGCAGCGCACACAUCCGCUCCUCCAGCUGCGAGCCGCCCUUCGCCUACGUCAGGAGGCUGGUCAGACUGGUGCUGGGCAGCCUGUCCCAGCUGGACGGGCUGCUGUCAAAGACGGAGCGGGAGUCCCUGCCUGAGCGCAGUAAGGAGAUUCGGGAGCGGCUGCGUGGGAAAGGCCUCCCGGCAGGGAGAAGCGCGGCGUCUCGAGUCCUGGAGCGGUACCGCACGCGGACGCAGGAGCAGGCCUCUCUGAACAAAGGGCUCAGCCUCUCCAUGGGGUCCCUGCCCAUCAACGACCUCCUGCGGGGCGAGGAGGAGGCGGCCCGCGCGUACCCGGCCUCGGAGUACCACCCCGGGUCCGAGGAGUCGGCCGGGGAGCACCAGCGCCGCGGCCGGGCGGCGGAGAAGCUCCCCGGCUACCGGCGCGAGCCGGCCCACCCGCGGAAGAACUGGACCUCCUCCGUGGACCUGGCCUGCCUGGAGCCCGAGGCGCUGCGUUUCGGGGCGCUGGAGGACGCCCGCCGGGGGAGCAGCGCCCUCAGCCAGAGGUCAGUGGGCAGGAACAGGUCGGCAACCCGGGCGAGGGAGGCCCGGUACUCGGACUUCGCCGGGCUGGAGCCCCGGCAGGUCCACCACCGCUCGGCUGCGUCCGUGGGCUCGGCGCUCACCACCGCGUACGACCGGAUCAGGGAGAAGCAGAGGAAGCUGCAGGCGCUCAGGCAGGCCAUGGACGUGGACGACCCUCUGCACACCCACAGAAGAUAUCACAGUGAUUACAGCUCCUCCAGUGAAAGCCCAUCAGUAGCCUCUUCAGAUCCUGAAUAUAGAGUGAAAAAGCCGGAGGACGUGCGGAGGUAUGGCUCUCAGGCAGCCCUGUCAGAGCACGACGGCCUCUCCCUGGCCAGCCGCACCAGCCUGAGACACAGGUAUGAGGGAGCAGGAGGCCAGGAGGAGCUGCUCCUGCAACGGCAGGAGGAGGAGAUGCACCUCCUGCAGGCCCACCUCGCCAACCGCCUGUCCCGCGCCAACCUGUACCCCGGGGACCUCCCCCUGCGCACCAGCCCGCUCGACCCCACGCUCCCCGACCUCAAACUGCGCUCGUCCAAGAACUUCUUCGGUCCUGAAUUUGUGAGGAUGACCAGUGAGCCGUCUGUUGCCUUGAGUGUUCCAUCUUCGAUAAUGAAUAAGAAAGGGAAGGUGGAGGAGGCGCAGCGGAGGGUGGGGGUGGUCCUGCUGAACGGACAGAGGCUGGAGGUCGGCUGUGACUCCAAGGCCGUGUGCAGGGACGUGCAGGACAUGGUGGUGGCGCACGUGGGCCUGGUGGAGCACCACCUGUUUGGCCUGGCCUACCUGAGAGAGAAUGAGUUCUUCUUCAUUGAACCCGAAGCCAAGUUGUCUAAAGUUGCCCCUGAAGGCUGGAAGGACGAUCCCAAGAAAAAGAAAUCCGAAGUCAACUUCAAUCUGUUCUUCCGCAUCAAAUUUUUUCUGGAUGAUGUCAACCUCAUACAACACACGAUGACCAAACACCAGCACUACUUGCAGCUGCGGAAGGAUAUUUUGGAAGAAAGGAUGCGAUGUGACAUGGAGAACGCCUUACUGCUUGCAUCACUAGCACUGCAGGCUGAGUUUGGAGAUUACCAGCCUGAGCUACAUGGCAAAACGUACUUCAGGCUUGAACAUUACCUACCCGCAUCUGUCCUGGACAAGAUAGACCAGACCACCAUUAAAGAGAAACUGCCCCAACUGCACAGUGCAUAUUACGGAGCGACUGAGGUGGACACAGAGUUUGAGUUCCUGAAGGUGAGCCAAAAGCUGACCGAGUACGGGGUUCACUUCCACCGGGUGCUGCCGGAGAAGAGGUCCCAGACGGGGAUAAUGCUGGGGGUGUACUCCAAGGGUGUGCUCAUUUUCGAGGUGCUGAAUGGAGUUCGCACCCCAGUCCUGAGGUUCCCCUGGAGAGAAACCAAGAAGAUCUCCUUCGUAAAGAAGAAGAUCAGCCUGCAGAACACCACUGACGGGAUCAAGCACCUUUUCCAGACGGACAGCAAUAAGACCUGCCAGUAUCUGCUGCAGAUGUGCUCGGACCAGCACAAGUUCCACGUGCAGACCAAGGCCCGGCAGAAGAACCAGGAGCAGCAGGACAUUGAGAACUCCCCCCUGGGGAGUCUGCAGUACGCCGGAGGGCCCGGCGUCCUCGGGGAGAUGGGGAGGGCCAUGAGCGCAGCCAGCCUGGGCCCCGGCUCCACGGGCCCCGCCGACGGCGACCACCUGAAGAGGAUCUCGUACUCGGAGGCGGCCCUGAACAAGUCCCUCCCGGGCCGGUUCCAGCUGACGGGGGACCCCCCGUACCCCGCCCUGGGCUCCAGCGCCAACCCCCGGCUGCUCAGCCGCUCCCACCACAACCUGGGCCAGGUGCCCGAGUCGCCGGACGGUCGCGCCCUGCCGCCGGUCAGCAGCCAGUCGCGGGCCCAGCUCCUGGCGUCUCACCACCGCGCUAGCUCCGACACGGACUCCAUCACUGCCGCCCGGAAGCAGGAGAGUGUUUUUGGCCUCAAGGCUCACGGCAGCCCCAGCUGGAGUUCUGACAGGUUCAAGAAGGAAUCGGACUCCUCCUCCUUGGAUGAGACGGGCCACGCUUACGUCCUAGGUGUGAGCAUGCACAGUUCUGGCUUGCCCUCCUCCCCAGCUUCCUCCACAGUCAACGAUUCUCUGAAAAAGCGUCUGAACGCUCUGCCGUCUCCAGAGAGGGCGAUUAAGAGCGUGAAUCUGAAGAAGGACGUGAAGUACGGCCUGGGAUUUCAGAUCGUCGGGGGGGAGAGCUCCGGUCGAACGGCCUUGGGGACCUUUGUCAGCUCCAUUUCUCCCGGGGGGCCCGCUGACGUCAACGGCUGCCCGAAACCAGGGGACCGUCUAAUCUCUGUGAACGACAUGAGUCUGGAGGGCCUCCCUCAUGACUCCGCUGUGAAGAUCCUGCAGAACACCCCGGAUGACGUGACGCUGGUCGUGUCUCAGCCCACUGAGAGGCUGUAUGAAGAGUCUCCUUCAAGCCCGGCCAGCUACCAGGGCAGGGGUCACAUGACCCCCCCUGGGCAGAGGCAGGAAGUGGACUAUGGGUCUUCAUCAGAGGAGCCCGCGGGGACCCCCAGCCCCCCUCCCCUCGCCCCGGCCAGCCCCCCCGCCCCGUCGCCGGGGCGACGGCAGGAGAGCCUGAGCUCCCAGGACUCCCGCACCGAGAGCGGCGGCCUUUCCCAGACCCUCCUCAACGGAUCCCCCCGCGGCGUCGCCGUGGAGACCGCGCCCGCGCCCCUCCCCCUCCCCAUCGCCUUCGACGCCGCCGCCCCGGCCCUGCCGCCCAAAACCAGGAGGGCCAAAGCGGCGGAGAUCCCGAAAGAGCCGGACUACUCGGACCGAGGGGACUCGGACAUGGACGAGGACACGUACUCCGGCAGUCACGAGACGCAAAAGCUCAGGAAGGAGUUAUCUCCCAACUGCAUCAUGGGAAAAUUAAGUGAUAAUGCCCCAGGGGUCAAUAGUCUCCAUCCGGGAGAUCUAUUUGACCUGCAGUUGUCCAAAAAGGACAACAGCCUGGGCAUAAGUGUCACGGUACUGUUCGGCAAGGGUGGAGUGAACACCAGUGUUAGACACGGAGGGAUUUAUGUCAAGGCUAUCAUCCCUAAAGGAGCUGCUGAAUUAGAUGGCCGGAUACAGAAGGGGGACCGCGUGGUGGCGGUCAAUGGGAAGAGUCUGGAGGGAGCCACUCACAAGCAGGCAGUGGAGACCCUGCGAGAUACAGGCCAGGUGGUCCAUCUGCUCCUGGAGAAGGGCCAGCUCCCUACCGCUAGCGUGCACGCCCCUCUCACCCCGCAGUGCACCCCUCCCAUCGAGAGGGACGCCCAGGACGAGCCCGGCCCGGCGCUGCCAGGAGACCGCGAGUACAGCUUCGUCACUGACGACAACGUGUUUGAGGUGGGCCUGCUGAAGAACUCGUCUGGCCUGGGCUUCAGCUUCAGCCGGGAGGACGGCCCGCCCACGGAGCCCCCCGGGGCCAGCAUGGUCAGGGUGAAGAAGCUGUUUCCAGGGCAACCGGCCGCCGAGACCGGCCUGAUCGACGUGGGCGACGUCAUCCUCCAGGUCAACCAGACGUCCCUGAAGGGCCUCUCGCAGCACGAGGUGAUCUCAGCACUGCGAGGCACUGGACAGGAGGUCACUCUGCUGCUCUGUAGACCGGAGCACGGAGUAAUACCAGAAAUGGACAUCUCGGGUCUGACCCCGAUGACCUCACCCCGGAAGGAGUCGUCCGUGCAGCCUGACUCCAGCCAGGCCAGGCCGCAGAGAGACUCCUCGCCUGCAGAGGGCGGUAGACAGGCGUUGGGCCCCGUGGAGGAGGCCCUGGAGAGACUGCUGAGGAAGUCGCCCGGUCGCCGCGACAGCUACAGCGACAGCACGGACAACGAGGAGGUGGAGAAGGUCUUCGCCCCCGCGCUGGAGCGGGACAGCCAAGACUGGGACCCCAGCGUCUACCAGACCCCCGACAACAACCUGGGGUACGAGACCCCGAGUGACCUGGACGACACCAUCCGUUCUGCGUAUUACUCCCCCAGCCAGACUCCCUGCAGGCCAGAGCUCAACUCAAGCAGGUGCCCCUCCUCCACGCGUUCGUCUGAGCUGGAGCGCCCCCCUGUGGCCACGGCCUCUCCGUCCGCCCCGGAGCGAAGCCACCUCAGCCCCAGCCUGGAGCCCUCACCACCUCCCCCCCUGCCCAUGACCUCCUCCCUCCCCUUCCCCGACAGCGGGCAGGAUCUGGACGACUUUGUGCCUGAAGUGGAGCUGGAGGUGUCCCUGACUAAGUCGGAGAAGGGCAGCCUGGGAUUCACGCUGACCAAAGGAAACGACCUCAGCUGCUACAUCCAUGACAUCAUCCAGGACCCUGCCAAAGAAGAUGGCCGACUUCAGCCCGGGGACCGGCUGAUCACGGUGAACCACACGGACGUGUCCAGCAUGGGCCACACCGAGGUGGUGAACCUGGUCCGCGCUUCCCCCAGAGUGGUGGAUCUGGUGGUGGGUCGGGUGCUGGAGGUACCCAGGCCGCCCAUAGAGGCCCAUCUGCUGCCUGACAUCCCUUUCCAGUGCCAGGAUGACGCGCUCGGGCUGCUGUUGGACGGGGGCAGCGACAGUCUGUCGGGGGUGCUUUACGUGAAGGACAUCGCCCCCGGGUCGGUGGCUGAGGCAGAGGGCAGUCUGAAGCAGCUGGACCUGGUGCACUACAUCAACGGGGCGCCCACGCAGGACCUGACGCUGAGCGAAAGCCGCCGGCUGAUGGAGCUCUCCCAGGGUGACCUCCUUCUCAAGGUCACCAGGGAUGGAAAACCUGUCGCUCCAAAAGAGAGAAACCUAUUAUUUCUGAACAACAAUAAUGGCCCCAAACUGAAUACACCUGCCAGUAUGAAUGGUUAUCUUCAUGGAGGGGAAAGCAACCAUCCGAGCCCUGCUGAGGAGCAGGUCAUUCACCUCGAGCUGGAGAAGCCCAUCUCAGGGGGACUGGGCUUUUCUGUGAUCGGGGGCGAGAGGGGUAUUUUUGUCAAGUCCAUUACACCGGGAGGCACCGCUGAUAACGCCGGGACUUUACAAGUGGGAGAUAGAUUACUGAAGGUUAACGAGGAGGUGAUGACCGGGGUGUCGCACACGAGAGCGGUCACUACGAUCCGCAAGGCCAGAGGCCUGGUUCACGUGGUCGUGUCCCGACCCCCAGACCAGACUCCCACCACCUACAUGGACUACCUCCCCGGCAACGCUGACAAGUGCAACGGCAACACCGAUGCCAGUGAGGACAGUGGGGUGAAGUCUAAAGUCUUCGGUCCGACCGACGGGGAGAAAUCCAGCAGAGCACAGACCCCACCACCUUUACCCCCGAUAGACUACCACCCGGGAGAACUGAGAGAGAAGAGUGAAAGCGCUGAGCUCUCUGAAGACACGGACUGUGACGGGUCCUCCCUGCCUGAGGACUCUCCAGAGACCUCCCGAAAGGCUGGGUGGAAAGAAGAGUGUGUGGAUGCACCACCCAUGGAAAGCUUCCCUAAGUCCUCAGCGGGUCCUCAGGAGGAGGACGAGAUCACAUGGGGAAGUGAUGAGCUGCCCAUCGAGAACAUCAACUCCAAAUUCACAGAGGAUGGCCUGAUCAUUACAGAGGAUGAACUCACCUCUCUUCCCCUGGUGAAAGUGGUCCCUGACGGUCAGUACACCGGAACCAAGCUCAAUACUGUCGUGCGAAUGAUGCGUGGGCUCCUGGAACAGAAGAUCCCCCUUCAGGAAUUUGAGUGUGAUUAUUCUCCACAGAAUCUUCAGAAUCUGCAGCCGUUGGAUGACUGUUUGAUUGGGCAAACCAAGGAGAACAAGAAGAAGAACCGGUACAAGAACAUUGUCCCCUUUGACACCACCCGCGUCACUCUCGGCAAAGAUGGGGGCUACAUCAAUGCCAACUUCAUCAAUAUGCUCGUGAAAGACGAGGGCUUCAUGUAUAUUGCCUGCCAAGGACCCCUGCCCACCACCCUUGCUGACUUUUGGCAAAUGGUAUGGGAGCAGAAGUCCAAUGUGAUUGCCAUGAUGACCCAGGAGGUUGAAGGUGGAAAGGUUAAAUGUCAGCGGUAUUGGCCCCACACGCCCAAGACUCCUGAAAUGGUGGAUGAGAGGCUACAGCUCACACUUAUCAAGGACCAGCAUCUGGACAACUUUGUCAUCCGCCUUAUUGAGGUCAAAGAUGUCCAGGCCGAUGAAGUUCAGUACGUCAGUCACCUGAACUACACUGGCUGGCCGGACCAUGGCACACCCACACAACCAGAGCAGCUGCUGACUUUCAUCUCCUAUAUGAGGCAUAUCCACCAAUCAGGGCCCAUAAUUACCCACUGCAGUGCAGGGAUUGGCCGCUCGGGAACCCUUAUUUGCAUCGAUGUGGUUUUGGGUCUCAUCAGCAAAGACGCCGAUUUUGAUAUUUCAGAUGUUGUACGUUCAAUGCGGCUACAAAGACAUGGCAUGGUCCAAACAGAGGAACAGUACAUUUUCUGCUAUCAAGUGAUCUUGUAUGUCUUGCGAUGUCUUCAAGCAGACGAGAAAAUCUCGGGAUAGCAAACAUCUGCUCGCGCUCACAACUGCCCAAAGAGACUCAUCUGUGGGAACAGUGAUCCUGAGGAGUACACUUGGGUACAUUUGAACAAAAUGGACGCUUUUGUUGCUUUGUUACAAACAGUGCAGAUUUUAUAGCUGGCCUUACGACAUUCUGCUCCAUAAAUUUGAAGUAAAUCCUAAGGGAUUCUGUAUAGUUUUGUUUUUUUUCCCCUGCUCUUUUGUGUUCUUUUUCUUGGACUGCUGCUCUCCUACAAAAUAAAAUAAAAUUUGAUUUUAUAUGUGACAUAUCCAGCAGUACAAUACAUGCCUUUCUAAAUUCUUUGAAAUUAAAUGUGUAUGACAGUUAUAAUUGAAUGCAUAUCUUAUUUUGAACAAAAAUCUUACAUGUAUGUAUUUUAAAGCUAUACGAUGCGAAAGGUUGCCUUGACAGAAUACAACGACAGUAUUUGCUAUGUAAAUCUAUUAUUAAUUGCUGACUGCCAGUUGAAAUUAAAGUGUAUAUAUUUAUCAAAUGAAACUGGAAAAGAUUUAAAUUGUUAUUUACAGGACUGUUUGCAAUUUGUAAAUAAAAGAGUAUCAUGUCUUUA